CGCAAUUUUCUUCUCUUCAGUCUCUUUUCCUUUCUGAUCUUUCGUUUCUCGAAUCUACGAUUUACCCAGAUUUACCACAUCACCGCAAUCGAGUAGAUCGAGUACUUUGUAUGAAAGUGCAAGUAAACUAAAUUGCAGUUAAUUGAAUCCUCAGCUUCGUCAAAUGUUAAUAAGGGGCUAAUGUCUUUGGUCAGUGAUAGUUGGAGUUACACGGUAUCACAAUUGUAUACAUCAUGAGUAACCCGUCGAGCAAGGAAUUUAACCAGCAUUCCGGUCUUUUGGAAACAAGUCUGAGUCUGGGUGUCACGUCACAAGAACAUCUUCAAAGUCUUGGAUUCGUUAUGAAUAAUGGAUGUCCAAGAUUUCAACUGGAACCGGAUGGAGAAAUAGUCAGUUGCAAUUUUUCUGUGCAAAGCGGUCCGACAUCAACUGAUACAAAUGAUACUGAAUCAUUUGUAGUCUUAGUCAACAGUUUUUCAGAUACGGGUAACGAAUUGACGAAGCCUAGUUCUCAUUUUCAAGAUCAAAGUAUAAACGAAGAAUGUAAUUUUUUAAUCGCAACUUUAAAUCCAAGCGAAAUUGAGGCUAAACUGUCAGAAUUACUACAAGCAAAUGCAAAAUUAAAAGAAACAUUGUCACAGAACAAUUUAGCUAUGAAACAACAAUUUAAUACGUUAGCGGCUUGGCACGAGGAAGUGAUAAAGGUUCAUCAGUCUCAUAAGCAGAAAUUCUCUGAGACAAGAGAAUUCAUAAAUCAGCUAAAAUCCGAGAAUACCGAAUUAAAAGCUAAACUUGCAGAAUACAGUAUGAAAUGCCAGUCUCCGACUCCUCUGAUAAAAGAACUAAAAAAUUGUAUGGCACCUUUGAAGCAAGAUGAUGUUCAUUGGACAACUGCUCCCACCCAAUCCCUGAAAGAAUUGCAGCAGCAGCCAUUAUCCCCUGAUAAAUUGCUUAAGAAAUUGGAUUUAAAUUAUGAAGACAAAAACUUAAAAACAAAUGUUCAGGUUCCAAAAGAAAAUGUGACAGGAGAGCCGUGCAGUAGCUCGAAUGAUUUUAGUUUACUGAAUCAGCCAUCCCUAGUCAACGAUGAUUCCAAGUCUCAAAGAUGUAUAGAUGAGCAAAAUUGGAAGCAAAACGAUGUCCGCUACCAAAGGCAACUUGUCGCAUCACUGAACGAAGAACUACAAUUUGGGCUGCAAAACGUAUCCACUCCUGUGCCAAUUGCUACCGACCUAUUGGAAAAUCAUACGGCUAAUCCCACUUGUGCAAAAAUUUCCCAAAACGUUAAACACCACUACAAUACGUUGACGUCAUUGGUAAAUUGUUAUGCAAAUCAUAGCAGACAGUGUACUUCGAUUCAGGACUGUUUGCAAGAAUGUUCCGAUAUAUUGAACGUUUUUGAUGAUUCGAAGAUUUUGGUUCAAGCCACCACGGAAAGUCAUGUCAUGCCUCCGAAGGAGAUACAGUUUUAUGCCAGUAAGUUAUUAAAAUGCAGAUCAAAAUUAAUGGACGAGCAACUGAGGAUUAUCAGCCACAGGCAAGAAUUGAUAAAGGUACUGGAUGAAAUCCAGAUCUUCUCGGACUAUGAUUCUAGUUUUUAUGAAUUAGAAACAAUGAACGAGGAGCACGCUAAGUUUUGCACAUUACAAAACCAGACAGCGAAGACCCACGAAACAUUGGAAGAUGCCACGAAUGCUCAGAAAUGCAUCGAGGAGAAGAAGAAAUUGCUCGAAUUGGAAAAGCGAAAUCUCGAGGAGAAGAGGAAAACACUCGACGAAGAACGAGAGAGUUUAGUGGUGCAGCGCCAAAGUCUAAACGCCAAAGUGGAGGAACUGCAAUCGGAGCAGUCUCUGCUGAGCCAAGAGAGGAUGUUACUCAAUCAACAGCACUUGUUGUAUGAAGCACAGAAAAAAUCAUUACUUUGCGAAAAGAAGGUCUUACAAUCCAACAACGAAGAACUGAUUCAACAGGUGGACAAUUUGAACACAAAACUCGCAUCGAAAGAGCAAGAACUAGAUGAUUUAAAGAUGGAAAUUAAUACUUUCAAAAAAGAGAUUGAAAAAAUGUAUCCUCUGAAGAUGCAACUAGACGUAUUCGAAAACGAUUUUAAAGAAGAACGCGAAGCCCGGCAGGCUUUGUUACAAGAGAAGGAAACUUUGUUGCAACACAUUAAUGGAUUACAGCAGCGCAAUCAAUUAUUGGAGACAGCGGUCAGGGGAACGUUUAACUCGACGGAACCAACUUCUCAUGAAGAAAACAGUCAGUCUCAGGUUUCCAAGGACAAUCUUACUGCGUCGCCGUUUGUUUGUCCUGUAUGCUGUACCUCUUUUUUGACCGUCGAGCCUUUGCAGGUACACGUAGAAGAGUGUUUAAACUCGAAUUAGAUGUUAUAUGUAUUAUAUGAGUUCGUUAUCGUAGCGUUAGGUGCUUUGCUGCUACUUACGUUUAGAUGAAAAACGAACGUCUCGGUAAAAUUGACACUAUUAUUUUACUUUCUUGGCGCAUCGACGACAAGGAAUUCUUAUAUUCCAUACCGUUCGGUACACGCUCGUUAGUAUUACAAAACGCUUCCUAUUCUCUUAAGUAUAACCGACUAUGCAGUAAUCGUAUAAGAAGCAAAGUUUAAAGACUGUAUAACGUAAUAUUCUAAUGUCCGCGCAAAAAAAAUAAAUAUACGAUUUUCUUGGAAAUAAAAAAAACCCGUAAAAAAAA